AAACAAAAAUCAUGUGUAUCGAAUCAAAUGAAUCACGUGAAAUACGUAAACGUAAUAAAAAAAUUGAAAAAAUUCUUAAAGAAAAUAAAUCAAUUGUACGUAAACAGGUAAAAUUAUUAUUACUUGGUACGGGUGAAUCGGGUAAAAGUACAUUCAUUAAACAGAUGCGUAUUAUACAUGAUAAUGGUUUUACAUCAGCCGAAUUAAUCAAUAAUCGUAUCUAUGUAUUUCAUAAUACAAUUAAAUGUAUGCAGCUAUUAUUGCAUGCAAUGAAAUAUUUAUCAAUUGAAUUUGAAAAUUUUGAAAAUAAAAAUCAUUAUGCUGAACAAAUAUUAUCAAUCGAUUGUUCAUAUUCACAAGCAACAAUAAUAUUUGCAAAUCAAUUAUCAUUAUCAAAAGAUUUGGUUGAUUGUAUUCGUUGUUUAUGGUCGGAUUCAGGUGUAAAACAAUGUUAUGAACAUCGUACACAAUUUCAAUUAUCCGAUUCGGCGGAAUAUUUUUUCGAAAAUGUUGAACGUUUUGGCCAGCCAAAUUAUAUACCAACAAAUGAUGAUAUUGUUCGAAUACGUCUGCCAACAACCGGUAUUAUUGAACAUUUAUUUUAUAUAAAAUCAGCCAAAAUUAAUUUACGUAUUGUUGAUGUUGGUGGUCAAGAUAAUGAACGUAUGAAAUGGAUAAAUUGUUUUGAAGGUGUUACAUCGAUAAUAUUUUUAACAGCAUUAAAUGAAUAUGAUAUGUUUAAAUAUAAAAAUGGAAGAAAAUCAGAAAAUCGUGUUAAUCGUAUGCAAGAAUCAUUAAAUUUAUUUAGUUUAAUAACAAGUUUAAAAACAUUAUUUAAAUCAUCAUUUAUAUUAUUUUUAAAUAAAAAAGAUUUAUUGGAAGAAAAAAUUAAACGUUCACCAUUAAAACGUAUAUUUGAAGAUUUUAAUGGAAAUAUCAAUGAUGCAUCAGAUGCUGGACAAUUUAUAAAAGAAUUAUUUAUACGUAAUGCAUUUAGUUAUUAUAAUGAUGAUAAACAAUUAUUUAAUCAAUAUGAUAAUAAUGGUAAAAUUAUUAAUGAUAAUUCUUUUCAUCAUCAUCAAACAUUAAAUGGUACGAUAUCGAUGAAUAGUAAUAAUAAUAAUAUUAAUGGUGGUAAUCAUCAUCAUCAUCGUCAAUCGAUAAAAAGAGAAACAAAAACAAUUUAUUCACAUUUUACCUGUGCAACCGAUACCGAAAAUAUUAAAUUUGUAUUUGAUUCAGUUAAAUGGACAAUUUUGAAUAAAAAUAUGGAAGAUUUUGGUCUUCAUUGA